AAAACAAAUCAGUCUCUUCUGUCAUUUAAAUCGCACGGUUUUUUAUUUAAAAAAUAGUAUUAAAUCUUUAUAUUUUUUGUUUACCAUAUGGUUUCACCGAUAUUUAUAUUCUAGUACUGAAAAUGUCAGUAACGAAUAGAAGGUUUAGGUUAGGAAAUCGCAGUUUCAUGAAUCGGAUUUUCUACACAAUUUAUUUUUAAAAAUAUCGUGGUUUCAAUGGUAAAUUGUCAAAACUAAUAGCAACCAAUUAUCAUUGUUAUUAUUGUUUAUAUUUUAUUAAUUAUACCUGUGAGCUUUUUUAUAUCAUUCGUAUUACACAUCAAUGUGGAUUUUAUCGUUACGAUUUUUCGUACAACUAAUAAUUGUGAUUUCAGAUUUAUCUCCUUGAGUUAGUUAUUUUAUCAUAACUAUGGGUUGUUCAUAUUAUACUGGGCAUCAAUUGAUCAUCAUGGAUACCUCCAAAGAAUUGGAAAAAUUCAUCAAAAAAAGUUUAAAACAGUUGCGUCGUACCAAAGAUCCGAGUUCCUUUAAAACAAUGUUAAAACGUAUGAAUGAAGUCGUUCAAGAACUGAACAGUGGAAAACGACGGCCAAAUAAUGCUACCAAAAUAUUUGAUGUACUUACCGUUCUCUUCUCAAAAGAAUUAGGUAGUGAACAAACAGAAAUGAUUGUUGAUGACAAAUUUAGCAAGUCGAAUUCUCCAGCAAGUUUAUUACCAAAUACGUCAAAUUGCAUACAAGAGGAGUAUUCAUACCAGUCGCCUACCAAUUCAUUGGAACAGGCUAAUUCAAAUUGAGCCAUAAAUAUUGAUUCAGAUUCGGAAAUUAAAAUUGAAGAUUUAUAUUCCUGUUGUAUUUGCAAUUAUGUAGAUAACACAAAAUGAUAGGCUUUGAAUAAAUAUUAAUUUUUUUUACAAAGAAAGUUUUGUAUAUAUUGGGAACAGUCUGAUACAAUGCUCGAAUUGUUAUUCUAUCUAUCAUGAAAAUUACCAAAUUCCACCAAUAACGGACGUUAUCUUGAAUGACCUACGAAUGGUUUAUUACUGUAGUAAUUGUGUACAGAGUGACUCGAGGAAAGUUGUAAGUUCAUUUAAUUAGAGAUGCUGCUUAUUAGUUUUCUUAAACCGUUUCGAUUUUUGAAGAAAUGUUCAGCAGAAAAGGGAAGUAAGAAAAGGUCUUUUAAAAUCACUUCUGGAACAAAAUCAAAGAAAUCGUCUAGUAGACUUCUCAUAGUUAGUUAUUUAAAAUGAUAUUUUUUAAUUACAAUAUGUUAUUACUAGGGAACGGAUUUUAAUUUAAAUAAAUAUUUUUGUGUUGUUUUAAUAACCGAAAGUUAUUGAUAUAUGUGUACGUUUCAUUUCAUUU